CCACCUGCCAAGUGUGACGAACUUGCUUAAUGAAGUGACGUUAGUCCAGUGUCAAUAGCUCGCUCUCUAUUGCGUAAUCACUCAUUUUCAAACAUGACACUCCUUGUACCUCUGUGACCAUAGAUGAAAGCAUUAAAACAGCCCCGCAGAUUUUGAACAGACACGCAGAGAGAGGGAUAUUUGAGAGAAUGUCUGUGAAUGAAGCGAGGGUGCGGAAUUUGUGGAGAGCUGCGGACGCUGUCUGCUUCGACGUCGAUUCUACUGUCUGCAUGGAUGAAGCAAUCGAUGAAAUUGCCAAAUUUGCCAACAAAGAAAAGGAAGUAGUUGAACUAACUCUAAGAGCUAUGCGUGGUGGAAUGACUUUUAGAGAAGCUUUGGCGAAACGUUUGGAGAUAAUCCAGCCAACUACAGAUUUAUUUAAUGACUUUUUAAGAAGUCAUCCACCGCGUCUUACUCCUGGCAUCAAAGAAUUAGUAGCUGAACUUCAUGCCAGAGGAGUCAGUGUGUAUCUUGUGUCUGGAGGUUUUCACGCCAUCAUCGACCCAGUCGCCAACAUUCUUGAGAUUCCCGUCAAAAAUGUUUUUGCCAACAGUCUCAAAUUUUACUUCAAUGGUGAAUUCGCUGGAUUUGAUGAGAAUGAACCGACUUCCCACCAAGAAGGCAAAGCGGAGGUCAUCGCCUACUUGAAACACAGAUUUGGUUACCGUUGCGUCAUCAUGAUUGGAGAUGGCGCAACUGAUCUCACUGCCUGUCCUCCUGCCGAAGGUUUCAUUGGUUUUGGUGGCAACCAGGUAAGGGACAGAGUGAAAGAGAAAUCUGAAUGGUUUGUCACGAGUUUCAACGAACUUCUGACUGAGAUCAGGCGGAUGUAAAACAAUCUUCUUAAAAAUAAAGCUUUGUUUUUUAAAAAAAAGAAUAAAA